GUUCUAUUUUCUAUUAGAGCAUAGCAUGAUACUGAACCUAAGGAUCUGGCCAGUUGGCCAUCGACCAGUGCCAAUAACAGAACAAAAAAAACUGUUUAACAUUAGCUUGGCCUGUAUGUAUGUUUGUAACGGAGCAUAAUUUUCACCAAUUUCCAGCAGUUUGAUUAAUUUGAAACUUCGUACACGUAUCAAGGACCGAUAUCAAUGCAAUAAGCAGCCAUGGAUUUCAAAUGCCGCUUUACAAAUAUUGCUGUAGCUCAAGUGGCAAAGCACCGGUCUUGUAAACCAGGAGUCGUGAGUUCAAUUCUACAGGAGGCAGAUUGUGAAAGAAGUUUGUCUUCCAAAAUUUAUCGCUACAUUAUCGGAUAUCUUGUCAGCCUAGUUGGCCCAGGGCAGAGGAAUGGUUUCGCUGCUCCUAUAGACAUAUAUAUUUCAUGUAACCCGAUAUACACAAGACACUUCUUUGAACGGAAACAGUCGAUGUCGUCAAUAUGAACCCAGGAGUCUGGUGCAUAUUUGCUGGAGGAAUAUUGUCAAUGAGUCUCUGAGCUAUAGAGAAAAGCAGGUAAAAAGAGGGUCGACUGACCCUUUCGAGGCAUCGACGGGGUGAGGACGGAGGAUGUACACGACAACGAGCAACCAGGCGGAACGCAUGGUUGGACCCAUCACGUAUUUCAACGAUUUAUUGCACCGUCUAUUUUGAUAUUGGAAAAAUGAUAUGACAGCUGAAGAACUAAGCAAAAUGCAAGU